CUAAACCUCUUUAACACUCUCUGCUGGAUACUUUAGUUAUUGCAAUUUGACCCGGAACUGAUUACAGAAUAGUAAACACGUGUGAUCAGAAAAGGCAGCCAGGGUGGCCCGAACGUUUGCUGACCAUGGGCAAGUCCAAACAGAGUGGAAAUCAUAACAGUGAUAAGAAGAAAAACAUCGCCAAAACAUGGAAGACCAAACGCAGAACCAAAGACCUUGAUCAGAUUCACACCGACAUGAGACCUGACCAAGCAGCUAAACUGCUGAAACAAGAUGUAGAUUAUGAUGUCACAGGCAGUGCACAACACUACUGUCUACAUUGUGCGCGAUACUUUAUUGAUUUGAAAGCAAUGAAGGAGCACUUUAAAACCAAAAUCCACAAGAAAAGGCUGAAACAAUUGAGAGAUGAACCGUACACACAGGAGGAGGCUGAGAGGGCUGCUGGAAUGGGCGCAUACAUACCACACAAAAAGGUGGAGGUACACACCCAGUCAGUAGAAGAGGACAUGGACAUGGACAAGGAACAUUUAAAGGAACCCAUAUCACAUACCAGUGUCUAGUGCUUUAUGGACACAAUGAUCCUGGUUUACAGAGUCUGUACAAAAUGUCUGCCUUUGACUAGUUCAGUGGACUGUUUCUAAUGGUGUGGUUGAUAUGCACAUGUAAAUAUGGAGAUGCUUCAAACUUGUAUGGAGAUGUGUUGGUAAUGGCUAAUAAAGCAAGCUAUUUGGUUGUA